CUUCCAACCAAACCUGCCGCUUUCCAAAUAGAUUUCAUAAGGUUCACAGCAUGGGGCUUAACCUGAGCCCCGUGCUGGACCCCGCAAACGAGACACCCGCCCGGAGCGCUAUCCAGCCGCUCAGAGCGGCGCAUUGAGCCAUGAGUGGCUCACAGAGGGAUGCGGAUAAUUCAAAGUCGCUGUCGGGCGGCCCCAUCUCCAUGGAUGGCAGCGCCAAAACCUCCUUUGACGAGAGCAUCAGCAAGUUCAAACGGCUUACGUCCCUGGGGGCGGCCAUGAAACCCGGGGAUGGGAGCUUCCGGGGGCUCUUCACCAGCAGCAAAGGAGUGGACAAAGGCACUUCCUCCACCGCCGCCGCCGCCGCGCGCGAGGCCGCGGCGCUGCUGGCGGCGCAGCGCGCGCGCGAGGACGACCCCUCCUACUACCUGCGGGAGGAGAUCCGCGCGGCACGCGAGGAGGUGCGACAGCUGGACGCUGCGGUCAGCGGCGCGCAGUCGUUCCGGGAGAAGGCCACCAAGCUGCUGGAGGAGGCGCACCGGGCGCUGGGGCGGCUGGAGCAGGCUCUGGCCAUGUCUGCCUACUCGCCGCCGGAGCUGAUCCCCAUCGCCUGCGAGAUAAAGUGCGUCGCGCGGCGCGGCGUGACGCUGGUGGACGUGUACGGCAAGUACAGCACGGUGGUUAAGAUCAUGACGUUGCUCAUGCGGUCGUACAUCUACGGCAAGUUUGACAAACAGAUUGACCACCUGAAGUCGUUGAUACCGUUGGGCGGCGCGGCGGCAGCGGGGGGUGGCGGCGGGGGCGGCAACUUGGCGACGAUAUCGGCAGGCGCGAUCGGUAUGGGCGGCGGCGCGGGCGGCAGCUUGGCCACCAUCUCAGGCGGCCCCAUGAGCGCACAGGUCUCGGGUGCGCUGAACCGCGUCUCACUCACACACCUGCUGGGCCUGUCACAGCACGGCUCACAGCAAGCCGUAGCAGGAGGCGCAGCCGCCGCCGCAGGCGGCGGCGGCGGCGGCAGCGCUUUGCCCUUACAGCAGCCAUCACAGCACGGCUCCACCACUGGCAGCGCGGCCGCGCCGCUUGUGGGCAUUGUGCUGCGGCCCAACAAGCACGACCGCGUGAAUGCGCUGGCGUAUGUGCCGCCCAACCAGGGCGCCCGCAACGGCAGCGUGUGUGUGUGGUGGAGCGCCGGCAUGAUGCUGGAGUACUACUCUGGCAACACAGGGUCGACCACCGGCUUCCAAAUUGAGAAGACGUCGCUCAAUGUGACGGCCAUCGGUGUGGAUGAGGCGGGCAAUGUGUGGACGGGGCACGCCAAGGGCCUGGUGCGGGUGCGGCCGCGGCAGCAGUGGGAGUUCUUCUGGGAGGACAAAAUGGCGUUCGCGCCCAACGCCGUCAAGGCCAUCGCCUUCGACGAGGAGGGCCGGGCCUGGGUGGGCGACGAUGCAGGGAGGAUCAAGGUGAUGGCAUUCAACGAGGGCCGACUGGAGUCGCUGGCGGUGCUGCAGCGCUCCCCCGCCCUGCUGGCCAAAAUGCGCGGCGGGCUGGAGGCCAGCCGCGGCCUGUUCGGCCGGCGCAACUGCGGCAACGCCAACAGCGUGCAGAUCGCCAGCCACAGCAGCACCACCUCAGGGCACAGCUCCGCCGCCGCGGUGUUCGCGGCCGCGAACGCAGCCGCCGGCGCCGCGGCAUCGCUCGCCAGCGCCGCCAGCAACGCCGCAUCGUCCUCGGCGGGCAUAGGCGGCAUGAUGUCAACAUCGUCCGCGCGUGACAGCCCUGCGGCGAGCGGCUUUGCCGCCAGCGGCGGCGCGUUCAGCCCUGGCACUGGCGGCGGCGGCGGCGGCGGCCAUCAUCACAGCGCCUCGGUGCCGCCGGGCCUGGGCGCCGGUGUGGGCGUGUUUGGUGUGGCGACGGAGGGGCCGGUGCGCUGCAUCUUCCUGCGCGGCGGCCGAGCCUGGACCAGCGGCGGCCGCGGCUCCACGGGUGGCUGGCUGCAGCUGUGGGACGCACACUCCUUCCAGGACGUGGACUGCUACGACUGCUGCGGCUUCGGGCCCUGCCACGCCAUGGCGGCAUUGCGCUGGCCCACCGACGCCGAUGACAACGGCGCCACCGGCGGCGGCACCGGCAGCCUGCACGCGCCCGCCUCGGCGCACCCGCACCACCGGCCCACCCGCUCCGACGGCGGCCGCGAUGGCGCCGCCGGCGGCCCCUCCUCCACGGGCCUCUCCACCAGUGCUGCGCGGCCGCCCUGGCGGCUGCUGACGGGUCAUGAGAACGGCCAGCUGCUGCUGUGGAACCCGUCGCACACGGCCCUGGCGCCGCUGCUGCGCAUCGGCGAGCCGGGAAGCCCCUGCCGCGGCAUCGCCGCGUUCGAGGACGUCCGUCUGAUUGCGACCGGUCACCAGAACGGCGAGCUGCACCUGUUCCUGCAGCCCAGCACCGCGGGCGGACUGCCGCCCGGCAGCAACAGCGCCAGCAAGGCGUCGUUCGGCACACUGCGGCCGCGGACCAUCAUUGUGCAGGCCCACAAGAGCCGUGUGGACCGCAUGGUGGGCGGCCCCACCUCGUGCGUGACCAGCAGCUGGCUGGGCACCAUACGACUGUGGCACGGCGCGGACCUGGCGGCGGAGGCGCACAGACAGGGCCUGUUGGCGCACACCGCCUCCUUCUCCUCGCUCUUCACCGGGCCGCAGCACAGCCCGGGAGUGGACGGGCGGGCGGGAGCAGGCGCCGCCGCCGCCACGGCCGGGAGCCUGCAGCUGCCGUCGCGCCACACCUCGGCUAGCGUGGGCGACCUGUCCAUGUCGAUGGCCAGCAGCGGCCACUACAUACGCGAAAGUGACGUCCGCCGCCUGGGCUCCGUCACAGAGCCCCACCACGCCUAUAUCACAGCAGCAGCAGCAGCAGCAGCAGCGGGCGGCGGAUUGCCCCUCACGCCGUCGGCGGCGGGGCUGGGCUCUGUGCUAUCAGGCGGCCAUCAGGGGUCGGGGCACACGCGCAGCGCCAGUCGGGACAGUGUGCUGGAGGGCGCUGCGGCCGGCACCAUCACGCAGCAGAGCAGUGGCAACACCACGACGCCCGCCAUGACCGCCGCCGCGGACGCGGGUCUGGCCGGUGGCCCCCAGUCCUCCGCCGGCGCGCCCAUCGGCCCCUCCGCGGCCGCCAUGUUCCCACACUUCCAGACCAUUGACAGGAGUGAGAUAUCACUCAAGAGGCUGAUUGGCUCGGGCGCGUACGGCAAGGUGUGGCUGGCGGAGUGGACGGGCGUGCAAGUAGCUGUGAAGGAGCUGUACGGGCUGCAGGGGACCAAUGGCGGCGGCGGCGGCGACGGCGACAACGACCAGGGCGGUGGCGGCGGUGGCAGUGGCGGCGGCGGCAGCAACAGCAGCAGCACCGAGUACCUCGCGCUCAUGAAUGAGGUGACGCUGCUGGCCAACCUCAGCCACCCCAACAUCAUGCGGUUCCUGGCGAUGUGUCUGGAGCCGCCGCUGAUCGUGAUGCAGUACUACCCGCACGGCAGCCUGUUCGACCUGUUGGCGCGCGCGCACCGCGGCAGCGCCAAGGCGGCGCGCGAGCUGAGCUGGGGCAAGCGGCUGGACAUGCUCAAGGACGUUGCGGCGGGCAUGCAGUACCUGCACUCGCGCAAGCCGCCCAUCAUACACGGUGACCUCAGGUCUCCAAACCUGCUGCUUGACCUGACCAUCGACCACGACCGGCCCCGCUUCCACGUCAAGAUCGCGGACUUCGGCCUGGCGCGCAUGCUCACGGGUGCCGGCAGCGUCAUGGUCAGCAAGACCACCAACCCGCGCUGGCUGGCGCCCGAGGUCAUACGCAACAGCUCCGUGGGCAAGGCGGCAGACGUGUACAGUUUCGCCAUCAUCAUGUGGGAGCUGCUCACGUGGCAGCAGCCGUACGAGGACAUGAUGAGCGUGCAGGUCAUGUUCAGCACGGUGACCGAGAACAACCGGCCCGAGGUGCCGCCCGAGGCCGACCUGCCCGGCUCGCCCGGCAUCAGCCUGGCCGCCUACCGGCAGCUCAUGGAGCGCUGCUGGGCGGCGGACGCAGCCAGCAGGCCCAGCUUCAAAGACCUGGUGGAGGGGUUCCAGAUGAUGAUGCAAGUGGAGGCGGACGCGGUCCGGCAGAACCGCGCGGCUCAAGCGGCUGCGGCGGCAGCCGCCGGCGGGCCGCCCGCGGGUGCCGCCGGCCGCCGCUCGCGCACACCCAGCGAGACGGGCGGCAGCGCCGCAGGCGCCAUGGCUGGCGGCAGCGGCAGCGGCGGCACGCCGGACCGGACGCCGCCUGCGGCGUACCCUGGUGAUGCCCAGUCCGCCUUCGCCGCCGCUGGCGCGGCGCCCGGCAACAUCGCAGCCGCGGCCGCCAACGCGGCGGCUGUGGGCGCGGCGGCGCGGCGCACGGCGGGCCCGGGCGUGCCGUCGCCCUUCUCCGCUGGGCCUGAGUCCGUGCCGGAAGUGGUCCACCCGACGCCGGCAAUGGCACAACAGCAGCUGCAGCAGCAGGGGCUAGUAGCAGCAGGCGUGGCGGGCGCGCCGCCGGGGGCGGCGGGGGCUGCCGUGCCGUAUGGCGGCAGCAUCCUGCCGUACUACGGCAUGAGCCCCAUCCUGGAGGAGCAGCUGUCGUACGGCGGGUCGCCCGGGGUCGGCGGCGGCGUGGUGGCGGGCGCGGCGGCGGCGGCGGCGGUGGCGAAUGCGGCGGCGGCGGAGCAACGGCUGCGACUGCAGCAACUGCAACAGCAGCACCCCGCACCGCAGCUGGGGCCCUUUGGCGCCUAUGCGGCCGCCGACGCGCCCGCGCCCAUGCACCCGCACGCCGCGUCGGACAGCGGCGCGGCGCAGGCGCAGGCGCAGGCGCCGCCGCGGCUGGUGCACCACUCCUCCAUGCCGCACCCGCCGCAGCAGCCGCAGCAACCGGCGCCAGGCGCCGCAGCGGCCCACGGGACGCCGCACCACCACCACCACCACCACCACCCGGCGUCCGCCAUGUACCAGCACCACCACCACGCCUCGCAGCCGCACGUGCACUUUGCGCCGGGGCCGGGCUCCGGGCCGCCGACGGCGGACGCGCUGGCGUCGUCUUUCUCCUCGCCGCCCUCGCCGAUGGUGGGCGGGCUGGCGGCGACGAUGACUGCUGCGCCGCCCUCGCGCGGCAGCGGCCCUCCGCCGCCCAGUGGCCAGAUCCCGGCGGCAGGCGGUCUGGGUCCGUACGGUGCCGGCGCCGGCGGGGGCGGGGGCGGGGGCGGAGGCUCGGCAGCAUCUUCGCGCCACGGUUCAGGAGGGAGUGGCGCCGGCGUGGGCGGGGGGUACAUGGGCUACACCGGCCACCCGGCAGGGGGCACGACGCCGGCGGCGAUGCAGGCGGCGGCAGCGGCGCACCACCACCAUCUCUACGCGCAGCAGCAGCAGCAGCAGCAGCAGCACUACCGGCCGCACAUGCCGGUGGCUCCGGGCUCCAACUCCUCAACCGAGAGCGGCGGCGGCGGCGCCUUCCACGCGCUGCACCUGGCAGCUGCCGCAAGCGCAGGCAGCAACGUGGUGGGGCUCGGCGGCGGCGGCGGCGGUGCUGGCAGCACGCCGUCCUCGUCCCGUCAGUCGUCCACCAGCACGUCCGGCAGGACACUGGGCGCUGCAGCGGCGGCGGCCAUCCAGGCGUCAGCGGCAGCUGCAAACGCGGCGGCGGCGGGGCAGCCCGCGCGGCGAGUGGGGUCUGCGGCAGGCAGCGGCUCGCACCCGGCGGGCGGUGCUGCGGUGGCGCCCGGUGUGGCGGCGGCGCUGGCGACGGCGCGCGGCAGCGGCAACAGCACGCCGCGCCGCCAGGGCAGCGGCGGGUCGGCUUUCGGCAGCGCUGGCGGCGCCGGUGGCGGCGGCGGCGGCGGCUCCACCUCCGGCGGCGCGCCCUCCGCCACGGCAGCGCGCGCGGCGGCACGCCGGGGCGGCUCGUCCGCGACCGGCUCCUCCUCCGCGGCUGCUGCUGCGGCAGCAGCCGCCGGCGUGCUGCCGGCGCAAACGUCACCUGACGGCGCCAUGUUCGCCGGCGGCCGACCACAGCCCUGGGACGCGGGCGGCUCCACCUUCACGGCUCCUGUGGGUGGCAUGUCCGCACUCAGCCCCUUCGCCACCAUGCCCUCCUUGCACCUGGGGGCGGAGGAGCAGCUGUACGAGUUGCCGCCAGGGCCGCCGCCGGCGGUGGGGGCGCAGGGCGCCGUGCGCACCACAGCGGUGCGCGGCCGCGCCGCCGGCGCCAGCGCGGGCAGCACCAGCGGCGCACGCAGCCGCCUGCCCGGGCCGUCCUUCGGCCUGGGGGCGGGGCCGUCGCCGCGCACGGCGGGGGCCACCCGGCCCGCGUCCGGCGCGCUACGCGAGCCGCACACGCCGCCGCACCGCGCCGCCGCGGGCGCAUCUAUCGCCGCCAGCAUCGCCGCACGCGGCGGCCGCAGCCAGAGCGGUGAAGCUUCCGGAGGCGGCGGCGGCGGCGGCGGCGGCGGCGGCGGCCCGAGCAGCACGGGCAGCCGCACACCCACAGUGGCGAGCCGCACGCCGAGCAUCACGGGCGGCGUGGCGCCGGCGGCGGCGGAGGCGGGCUUUGCCAGCGGUAUGCCGUCACUGCUGCAGCCGGCAAGCGGCUCAGGUGCGGCGGGCAUGGCGGGCGGCGGCGACAGCGGCGGGCUGCCCACGUCGUCGUCUUCGUCGCUGCGCCAGUCGCAAUCGGCGGUGCACCCCCGCCUGGGCGCCUCUGGAAGCCCAUACGAGAGCAGCCCACACCCAGUGCCCACCAGCGGCGCGGCGCGGCCCGCACAUCGCCGCACGCCGUCCGGCGGCGUCGGAGCCCCAUUGGUCGGCGCACACUACCACCCCCACCCCCACCACCACGCUUCGCCGCCUACCGGCGUGGCCUUUGGCAGCACCACCCACCGCACUCGCGACCUGCUGGGCAGCACUGGCGGCGGCGGCGCCAGCGGCGGCGGCGGUAUUGGAACGCCGCGGACGCCCGGCUCAGCCGCCGGCGCCCGCGCCUCCGGCCGCAACUCGCCGCGUACGUCGGCGCCCACCGGCGGCUCGCCCUUCGCCAGCGGCAGCCCCGCCGCCGGCGGCGGCGGCGUUGGCGGCGCCGCCUUUGCUGCCGGCGGCAUCGGCUUUGGCACGCCGCCCUCGCCGCACCAUUCGGGCGCCAGUAACGCGAGUGGCGCCACGCCGCGAAUGGUGCGCCGCACGCACAGCAACCUGGGCGCGGCCGCGGUGGCCGGCGGCGGCUUGGCAGCGUCGGCGGCUGCCGCCGGCGGCGCCGGCGGCGGGCCGACGUCCAGCGGCCACCUCAGCCGCUUGGGCAUCACGACGUCGACGACGAGGCCGCCCGCGUCGCCGCGGACGUAUGCGUCCGGCGGGGUCGGCAGCGCCUCGCUCGGCAGCCGCAGCAGCCACGGCGGCCACCCCGCCACGUCCGCCGCCGCCGCCGCCUACGCCGCCAGCCGCAUCCCCUCCCUGGCGCAUGGCGUUGCGCCCGGGCCCGCCAGUGGCGCUGGCACGCCCACCGCCGCCGCCGCGGGCGCCGCCGCGGGCGAGGGGCUGCCGCCUGCCGGCAGCGCCUCCCGCACCAAGCCCAUCCCCAUCAAAGCCAGCAGCACGUCCCUGUCCCUAGAUGAAACUAACCUAAGGCGACUGGGUUUGAGAACGCAGUAUUCGCACUCGCCGCCGGCGGCAGGCGGCGGCGGCAUGCGCCUCGCGCCCGCCGCCAGCGGCGGCGCCGUCAGCGGCACUCGCACAGGUUCCAUCCAAGGCAGCGGCAUCACAUCGCCGGCGACGUCCACCAACCUGACCACCGCCGGCACCGCCACCAUCGCCUCCAUCGCCGCGUCUGCGGCUGCGGCAACUGCCGCUGCACAACACCAGCAGCAACAGGGUCACCAGCAGCAGCACGGCGGCGGCGGCGCCAGCGCCAGUCCGUUUGCGGACGCCGCGGGCUGGGACGAGGACCCGGCGCGGCUGAGCCUGCCCUCCACCACCGAGCUAGCACACCUGGGCAUUGGGUACGGGUCGGUGGACAACGUCGGCGGCUCUGCCAACGGCAGCCAGCAGCUCACGUGCGGCAGUGAGGUGGCGUUUGCUGGCGGCGGUGGCCGCAGCGAGGACGGCAACGGUGUUGGAGUCAGUGGCUUGGUGGUAGAGGCGUCAACGGCGGCGGGCCCGCCCGACCCGGGCACGGGCGGCCCCGGCCCGAGCCGGCUGUCGGCGGGCGGCAAUGUUGCCUUUGGCGGCGCCUUCAAUGCGCAUGACGUGGCUGCGCAUGACGUGGCUGUGUACGGUACCGGCGGCGGCGGUGCAGUGGCGGCGACGGCGGCGGCGGCAGGCGACAGUGAGGCGCUGGCGCUGCCGCGCGCGCCGCCACCCAUAGCGACCAGCCGCCGGCCCGCCAACCCGCCCUCUCCUUCCCUGCCACACCAACAGCACCAGGUCAUGUCCCCGCACCCGCAGCAGCAGCAGCAACCGCAGCACUCAGCAUCCAACGCGCGUGGCGCCUGGGUGCCGCCGCCGCUGCUGGCCUCGUCCACCGUUGCUGGCGCUGGCAGCCCGUUCGCAUCGGCCGCCUUCUCGGCUCCGUUCGGCCGCGCCGGCGCAGACGACGACGACGACGGCGUUGCCGCGCACGAGCGAGAACAGGGACAGCGGCAUGGACAGGAGCCAGAUGAGGAGUCGGAGCCUUAUGUGUCAGAGGCCCGCAACUCGCCCUCCCAACCCUUGCACACGUCUCUGCAGCCGCAGCCGCAGCAGCCUCACCAUCCGCCCAACUUUGGUGCGGCGCCAGCGGCAACGCCAACAGCAGCAGCAGCAGCAGUGCCUACAGUAGCCGCGGCGUCUCCGCCCCUGUCCGCCGCCGCCAUCACUGCCGCGCGCAUGACCCCCUUCAUGACGCCACACCCCGAACACGACUCGCCGCCGCGGCACUUCGCCGCCUUCGAUCCCCGCGCCGCCGUGCCGCCGCCACGCCCGCCGCAGCCGCCGGCGCCGGCCGGCUCCACCCCAGUGGCGCCCACACGCAGCAGCUUCGACGCCACCCGCUACGCCGCCGCGGGCUAUGCCGCCGGCUACGCUGCAGGCGCCGGAGCGGCCGCUAGCAUAGGCGGCGGCGGCAGCACGCGCACGAGCUUUGAGUACAACCGCAACUCCUACUCGCCUUCUUGGGCCCAGGGCGCCUUUGGCAGCAUCGGCGUCGUGAUGGACGGCUCAGGCUCCUACCAGCGCCCCGCCUCCGGCGCCAGUGGCGGCGCCGCCAGCGGCGCCGGCACUAGCGGCGACGCCGGCGCGACCGGCGGCAGCCUUGCGGUUCAGUUCGGCAUUGUCGGGGCAGCUGCCGCUGCUGCUGCCGUGGUCACGGCGGCGCCGCUGCCGGCGCACAGGGGUGGCGGCGGCGGCGGCCGGACGGCGCACAUGCCCAUGCCCGACCUGACGCGGCUGCCUGACGGCCCCGAGGACGACAUGCCGCCGCCUCCCGUGGCGGUCAUGCAGCAGCUGCAGCAGCAGUACCACCACCAGCAGCAGCAGCAACAGUACCAGCAGGCGGGAGCUCCCGGGGGCAGUGCUGGUGGCGGCGUGGGGAUGGGCACGAGCCCAGCCUCGGCACACGCCAGCCCCUUCGCGGCGCAGCAGGGCGCAGCGUCGGUCCCCCAAGCCUACCGUACCAACAGCCCCUUCGCUGCCGCACAGCCCUCCGGGGCCCCUGCCGGCGUCGGCGGCAGCGGCGCCGGUGUGCUUGCGGGCCCCGCGGCCGUGAGGGUGGCGGCGGCGGUGGCGCCGUCGAGCCCGUUCCGGGCGGUGGCCGCCUCCAGCCCCUUCGCGGCGGCGUCGCACGCCACGCCCUUCUCGGCGCAGCACGCGCAGCAGCACCAUCAGGAGCAGGAUCCCGCGGAGGCUGACGAGGACGCCGCCAUCUGGCAGGAGGGCCACCCGUAACACUGUGUGCUGCACGUGCUGCCGCCGACACGCGGCCGUGCGCCUCUCGCCCAGUGGCUUCCAUACGUUCUGUGCGACACAAGCGUGCGUGCCCGCACAGGAUGCUUGACACUGGGCAAGCGGUGCCUGCGACUCGCUAGAUUGGGGUGGGCGCAAACUGACAACUGCAGCCCUGUGUCAGGCCAUGAGUGGCUAGGUCAGACGCACGUGGCGGUCGUGAUCUGCGCAUGACAGUUGUGUGAUUGGCGCGCGUGUGGUUGUGCGCGUGUGUCUGUCUGUCUACCUGAACUUUGUUGUCUUCACGCCACCUAACUGGUCAAGGGCCAGCCGUAAUUUGUGUAUGUACCAAGUUGAUGGGCGGCAAUGGGCGACGCGCUCGUGAUCGUGGCUAUGCCUGUGAUGACUGCUGGUCGAUCGAGAGGACUGGUCGAUGUCGUGAUGGUGGGCGGGUUGGUGGGUGGAUGGGUGGGUGAUGUGAGCUUCUCGUCAAGCAGUAUGGGUGCAGCGAGAACCGGUACGCACAAGUGACAGCAAUUAGUAAGGACCCACUCGGGUGUGAAUUUGUCAGGCUGGGCUGGAGCGGGCAGGAAGUCCACAUUACGGCGGAAUGCGUUUUAACUUUUAAGGUGAGCAGCUAAGGGUAGAGGGGGGAGAAGGCUCUUCGGCACGCAGGCCGCCAUCGGCACCAGACAGACUUUUAUGCCUACGCAAAGUCGCGCUGGUGCAGGCUUCACGCACAUGAGUGCACGUAUGUUGCUGCUGCUGAAUGGGCGCAGGGAACGGCUCAAGCUUCCGUUGGGAUGUACCGUAGUCCGCAUUUUCAGGGGCAGGGGUAGAUCGAGACUCCUGAUUGGUCCAGUCAGGCGCAGUGCUCGAUGCCCAUCACCCAUUGCAUGGGCUGGAUCCAUGUUGAGGCUGAUUAGUCAAUCGGCAAGGCGCGACCAACAAGCGACCGUGAAUUAUCACCUAGACUCAGUGGGAACUAGCGCAGGACUAUCCUGGACUGAAGGAACCCAGGAACCCAGUGCACGCAAGAGUGCACGGGAGGUCGGCAGGGGUGAUCGGGUGGUCUCUGCCCCCUGUGCCUGAGUGUGUUGGCAGGAGCCUGAAACUGUGCAACAUGUAACGCUCGAAUGUC